AUCCUGAUCCCAGCCCCUCUCGUUUGGAACACCAUGGCUGAACUCCCUGCUCUUAACUACCUUGGCUACAGUCUCGAUCUCACCACAGUGACACCUCUUGAUAUCACUGCGGUUGCUCAAGGCGUGAAACGGGCUCGCCAGAUCAUCGACGUAGAUCCUGAUGAGAAUCCGCGCACUGAGACCAUUGGUGGCAUCGAAUACAAGGUGCCGAGAAUCGUCUCAGUCGCUAAAGACGUGCAGACCCUUCAAGGCACCUAUGUCACCUAUCGCAACGGCUCCGAGACAACGACCAGCUUCCAAAAUGAUAAUACUCUGAGCGUGCGAUAUCUGGCUGUGUCAGGCAGCGUCUCGACUUCGUAUUCACUGAACAAGACAUUCCGUAACGACAACCAGUACGCGAUGUACAGCUACAACAUCAGCUCAUACGCCGCCGGUCUUCGGAACUACGUCGACUACCUCGCGGAAAGAGCACUCCUGAAUCGCCUCGAGCAGCUUACUUCGCCGUUCCCGAAGGCGCCCAGCACAAACGACAUCCGCGACUACAAGGCGUUCUUUGACUCGUUCGGCAGUCACGUCAUUACCAAUGCGAUGUAUGGCUCGCGUUUCCAGCUGAAUGUCUGGGCUUCGAACUCGGACAGCUCCGUGAAUGAAAAGUUCAGCGUGAAUGUCCAAGCGUCGUUUAAUGGCAUCACCGCCGGUGGAGAAUUCGACAGCUCAGUCAAGAACGAGUCGCAGUACAGCACCUAUUCCAACUUCAUGCAGAAGACGGUGUCGGUGCAAGGCGGAGAUCUGUCGCUCGGCGUCACACUGCUUAACGACCCCUCGCAGUAUGACGCGUAUGUGGCGUGGACCAACUCUGCCCUUGAGCACCCCAAUGUGAUGAGCUUCACAACGACCGAGCUCUGGAACCUCAUGCGAGACGCGGCUAACGCCACCGUGCGCGGGCGCGCUAAUGAUAUCCAGGACGCUUUCAACUACAUCAUUACGCACCCACAGCCAUACAGGACAGAGCUCACCUUCACCAUCCAGUCUGACUGGGCUGAAUUUGGCCUUCUCAGCCCUAGCGGCGUGAUUAUCGAGAACAACGCAAGCCCGUAUCCGCCCCUGACUCAGGGCAGUGAAACGAAGAUCACUUGGGGCAGGGAACAUAGUCACGAUCAGAGAAGAGAGACCAUACGGUUCUCUAUUAUCAACGAUGGGUCUCCGAUAGAUUUCUACAUUUCGCACGGGAGCGACGGUGGCAGCGGCGCCAAAGGUCGUGCUGAGGUCCUCAUCGGAGAGGCUAACUAUGUGAACGACAAGAUCACGGAUAACAACUGGAACACGCAGUGGUACUAUCAGGCACCUAUGUCUGGUGUUCCACAGCAGUCCAGGUACCGGCUCAAUCACGAAGUACGCACUUGGGAUGAGACGUUGCAGGGGUAUCUGCGCGAGAUUGGGGUCAGGAAGUAGGCGGCUAGAGUCGCGGUUACACCACCCCCGUGCUGGCCAAUUUCCAGUCCCGCCUUUACUGAUUGCACGUUGGUGUUUUGUUGUAAUGCAUAUUGUUGGCGCGCAAUAAACAUUUGAAUGCCCAUUCA